AAGAGGCACAAAAUUAUCCUCGAAUUAAUCAUAUUUUGUCUGCUGCAUUUCAUGUCAUCAUCAUACUUUUCUUUUGUGAAAAAAGAAGCCUAAUUUCAUGAUUUACCUCUCUGACCUUUACACCUUAAAUUAGUGUCAUAUAUUUUUUUAAUUUACUCAUCUGAUGCUAAAGUCCGUCAAUGUAUUAAGAUUAAAAAAGUAACGAUAAGUGAAUAUUAAAUGCCAGCCAUUAAUGAGCGGAAAAUUUGCCCUUUGUAGUGGAGUUUAGGUUGUUCCUCUUUGCGUGCUUCUGAUGUGGGAUAGGUUUGUCUGGAGUUGUCCUGGAAGUUUACCCAGGAGGGUUGUGAACUUGUAUAUAGAUUGCCUCCCGGGCAGGAUUUGGCCUGUGUCCUUGCCUGAGUUCGGUGAUAGUGGUUCCGUAUAAGCCCUUGGUUACUCCAGCAGGCUGGUGGUAUAGCCGGAAUAGUCACCAUAUGGAUGCUAUUUCUACACGGUGCAACGUUGUCGCCAUAGCCAUUUCCAAUAGCAGGGUUAUGGAGAUCAACUUGUCAAGCAUCACCCUCCGUCCAUUCCAGCUAUCAGAUGUUGAAGAUCUCAUGACAUAUGCCGGCGAUGAGCAAGUGACUCAACACCUCAGAUGGAAGACUUUGACAACCAAAGAGGAGGCUUUCACUUUCCUCAAAGAUGUUUGUAUCCCCCACCCUUGGCGCCGGUCAAUAUGCAUCGAUGACCAUUCAAUCGGCUUCAUAUCGGUCUUUCCGUGGUCAGGAGAUGAGAGUCACAAGGCUGAUAUCGGGUAUGCUAUAUCCCCAAAGUACUGGGGACAAGGAAUAGCCAGUGAAGCAGUUAAGACUACUGUCCCUCAAGUGUUCAAGGACUUCCCUCAUUUGCUUAGGUUGCAAGCUUUUGCAAAUUCAAAGAAUAAGGCCUCUCAGAGGGUUUUGGAGAAAGCUGGGUUUCAGAAGGAGGGUUUGUUGAGAAAAUAUGGAUGUCUUAAGGGAGAAAUUAUUGAUUUGGUUGUUUAUAGUUUUCUAUCAACAGAUUAGACUAGUAGACGUCCGAGAAUCCAGCAAUGAAUAAUUGGUCUUUUAUGCUAAAUAUAGGGACUUUUAUGUUUGUAACUUCUUUAUUGCAAGUAAUUGUGAUCAGGUUUGCUCCUAUCAGCUGUGUUAUUACACAUCUGGUUCUCUAAUUUAGAUGUCUACAAGCUUGCAAAGAAAGCGUGCAAUUUCC